UUUCAGUUUGGUGACUGGACUAAACCAUGCAGAUCUUUGUAAAGACCCUAACGGGCAAGACCAUAACUCUUGAGGUCGAACCGUCGGAUACCAUCGAAAAUGUCAAAGCCAAGAUCCAGGACAAAGAAGGAAUUCCUCCAGAUCAACAGCGUUUGAUCUUCGCUGGCAAGCAAUUGGAAGAUGGCCGAACACUGUCUGAUUAUAACAUUCAGAAGGAGUCAACCUUGCAUUUAGUACUUCGGCUUCGUGGUGGAGCCAAAAAACGCAAGAAGAAGAACUAUUCCACUCCUAAGAAAAUUAAGCACAAGAGGAAGAAGGUCAAGCUCGCGGUCUUGAAGUACUACAAGGUGGAUGAGAAUGGAAAGAUUCAUCGUCUGCGCCGUGAGUGCCCUGGAGAGAACUGUGGGGCUGGAGUUUUCAUGGCUGCUCACGAAGAUCGUCAUUAUUGCGGAAAAUGCAAUUUGACCUUUGUCUUCAGCAAACCAGAAGAAAAGUAAUUCAAAUGCCAAACGGCAGAUUUUGAACAUGUAUGUGUUUGAAUUCAACAAAUAAAGAUUGUAAUUGAGUUACAUAAGUAAUAACAGAAA